CUGGGAGGAACUUUAAAUUGCACCCGGCUCAGCCCCAGCCACUGGCUCCAGCAGCAUGACGGCGAGAGGCAUCUUCCUGCUGGGGCUCCUCGCCCUGGGGGCAGAGCUGCAGGCGGCACCCACCGCAGGGUGCCCCGGAGCAGCCCCUGCCAGGCAGCCACAGCCAGGGCAGCCUGGAACCGCUCUGCCGGGGAAGAGCCCUUUGCCUGCAGAAGAGCCCAGCACGGUGCCCUGUCCGCAGCCCAGCAGGGUCACCCCAGAUGGGAAGUGCGAGUCAGGUGUGGAGCGGGUGGGUAAGGACCAGCGCCUGCCCGGGGCUGAGCCGGUGACUGCUGUGACACCCACGCCGGGGAAGAAGCCAGUGAGUGGGGGAAAACCUGCGGCGGGGAACAAGCCCACACUGGCUGGGAAGUUGGACACUGGGAAGAAACCCAGUUCAGGGAAAAAGCCAGCAUGUGGGGGGAAGACUGAGCCUAAGGAAAAGCCGGAGGUUGUAGCAAAGCCGGAGACUGGAGUGAAGCCAGAGACUGGAGUGAAGCCAGACACCGGGGGGAAGCCGGAGACUGGUGGGAAGCCAGAGUCUGGCGAGAAACCUGUGCUGGGGGAGAAGCCAGAGACUGGGGGGAAGCCAGAGAGUGAGGGGAAGCCUGAGGCAGGAGAGAAGCCUGAGUCCGACCAAGGUGACAGUGGGGAGGAUGAUGACAGUGACGACGAUGAUGAUGAUGAUGACAACGAUGAUGAUGAUGAUAAAAAUGAGCAUGGCGAUGCCGACCAUGGUGACAAGGGUGACGAUGAUGGCAACGGUGAUGGCAACGACGGUGGUGAUGAUGAUGACAACGGUGAUGAUGAUGACAAUGGUGAUGAUGAUGAUGACGACUAUGACAACAAUGAUGACUACGGAGAUGAUGAUGAUAGUGAUGAUGAUGACGAUAGUGAUGAUGAUGACGAUAGUGAUGAUGAUGAUGACAGUGAUGAUGAUGGUGGUGGUGAUUACGCUUGGUGACCAAUGCUGCAGGGCGUGCAGGGUGUGCGAGGAGUGUGUAGGGUGAGGAGAGCCCGUGGUGGGUGGGUGCAGGGGCAGCCACCCCUGGCCUCCUCCUCUGCCUCACUCUGCCAGGGCCGGUCCCAGGCACCAACAGCAUUGUGGGCAGGACCU